AUGCCCACCAACGCUGAGAUCCAGGCAGCCUUCCGUUCGUACGUCGAAGACCGCGCAAAUCCGGCAUCCAAGCAAGAGUACGACGGCUGGGCCGACCUCUGCGCCGAUAAUGGUUACCAAAUUUACGGGCCUUACCUUCAGUACAAAAAGGACGAUUAUCACCUCGGCAGGCGCUACGUGAUCGUACACUCGGAUCGCAAAAGCUUCAAGUACAUCUCCAGACCUCUCAUGUCUCCCGACCGCCGCGACAUACGUGCGUACGCCAAAAAGAAAGGUAUCACUCUGGAAUCGCCUGUUGGCGGUAAAUUCAGUAUCAAGCAACGCACGCGUGUAAUCCCUGACCCCAUGCCUGCGCCUGCACCUGCGCCCGCGGCCGCGGCCGCGCCCGUCGUCGCGCCACCUGUCCAUCUCGACCUCACCAGCCCAACGCCUCCUGCCCGCUCUCCAAGUGUGGAGAUCACCGGUCAUAUCCCAGCUCCGCCGGCCAAUCGUCCUCUCAUCAUCUAUUAUUUCCACCAGGACGAGAAAGAGCCCAGGAUCUUCAAACUUACGGGCGGCCCUCCGUUGGGCGAGUUCCGCUUGCGCGAUCACGUCAACACCCUCCUCAAAGCUGAGAUCAAGCAGAGCGACGUGCUUGACAUCCUCACGUUCGGCUCCGUCGGAUUCGAGAUGUGGUCCACCUUCCCAGUCUCGGCGCUAGCCAUCCCGCGCCGCCUUCCAGCGAUCGUUCUCUCCCGCCGCUCUGUUCGCAAGUUCCAUGAGUCUAUCACCGCUCUUUACGACCAUGCAUUUCCCGAGGCCGCUAAACUACCCGGCCGUAUCGUAGACGAGGAGGACGAGGAGGCUGACGCUGAGGGGACUGAUGCCGAGGGAACGACUGACGUCGAGGGAUCCGACGCCGAAUAG